AUGGAAAGUUUUUGGUCUUCACAGAGAGUGGUAGUCACAUUUUUAAGACGGUUUGGAUGAGGGUUCUGUCGCCUCGGAGCGAGGCAACUCAGUGCCCUGAAACCUCAGCUGGAUGCUAACAAUGUUCGUUUGGUGGCAAUUGGCUUGGAGGAAAUAGGGGUCGAGGAAUUUGUAGCGGGCAAAUUUUUCAGUGGUGAAUUGUAUAUUGAUUUAAAGAAACAGUGUUACAAAGAUUUAGGAUUUAAAAGAUUUAACUUUUUUAAUAUUUUCCCAGCUUUAUUUAGUAAAAAAUCAAGAGAUGCUGUUUCGGAGUCUAAGGAACAAAAAGUGGGAGGUAAUUUACUAGAGGGAGAUGGUAUGCAGACAGGUGGAACAUAUGUUAUAGACCAAGGUGGUAAAGUGUUACUAGAAUUUAAACAAGAUAAUCCGGCCGAUCAUGUUGAUCCGAAUGAGGUCUUAAAAGCCUUAGGUAUAGAUGGUAAAGUUGAAGUUCCAACAGGUGAUGAUGGUGCCAAGGCAGCACCUGUUUGUGAUGGAGAUGUUUGUGAGAUGCCUAAAAAGUCUUAAAAUAUAUAUUAUGAGUUAAUCCAACAAAAGAUAUUAAAAGGUUCCUGAAACGGUCUUUAUUUUGAAGAUAAAGUUGACUAGAGAUAGGAUUUAUGAUGCCGACCAUAUAAAACAGAGCUGUCAAAUAUGGUUAGCGGAGAGCACUGCCUAUCCAUGGUGACCUUAUCUUGAUAAUGAUUUCUGGUUUUAGUGAAAUUCUUAAUAACUUUAUGAGCUGAUAAUCAAUUCAUAUUUCAUAUAUAUACAUUAUUGUUGCAUUCAGUUGAAGUUUUUAAUUCAUUUGUUAAUUUUAUAUACACGGACGAAUUUCUGCUCACAGAUAAUUGUUAUAUGAGACUGUGACAGGAUAUCUGAUAAUUCAUAAAGAGAAUUGACUGUCAAUAGAUAAGAGAAAACGAGCAAAAUAGAAAAGACCCUUACAUUACCUUGUUUUUAUAUCCAUGCUAUAUGUAAUAAAAUCAUUGUAAUGCA